AUGACAAAACUCCUAUGCUGUUUGGGACUCCUGUUUCUAUUUGGUACCAUCAAAUGUCAAGUGAACGGGAACUGGGGUCAGUGGUCGUCUUAUGGAGCAUGCUCUGUGACCUGUGGUAUGGGAACACAUCAGAGGACCCGGUCAUGUAAUAACCCAGCGCCAUCUGGGGGUGGAUCCACAUGUCCAGGAGAUGCACUGGAGGCCAAAACCUGUUUUGACGUCACAUGUUAUCCUUCUAUACUUGGGAGUCUGGAGCGAAAUUGCACUUGGACUUUUUUUGGGUGCAAGACGGGAUCGAUGUCAUGCAUUGAUUUCAGCUUCCGAUGUGACGGAAAAAACGAUUGCGACGACGGAAGUGACGAAGAUCCGACUGUGGCCGGAUGUCCGACAGUCUGCAGCGACAAUGGCGCCGAUAAUAAACUUGUUUCUGAAGCUGUGAUCGGCAUUUUGUCUGUCUGUGGGAUAGUUAUAAUGAAAGUCUUUGUCUUGAGAACCUGAUCAAGAACAUUAAUUACUUU